AGCCUUGAAAGAGCGGCCAGCGCAGGCGCAGUAAGAGAAAAGCCACCUGCUCCAGAUCACAGGCCAGGUAAGUUGAUCUUACGUCACUAUGCUCGAAAGACGUUUAACGUCCUUCACGAUAUCGGGUUGCUAAGGAGCUGGACGCUGUUUGUCUCUUUAUUAUGCAUUUUUCUGGUGAAAGCUAAACUUAAAAUAACUUUGACCCGAUCACGAGAAUUUCACUAACGGGCUGUCCACAUGAACUUGGUGCCUGGGUACCGGUACAAAAUAGUGUUGUGUUCACAGCUUGAGUACCCGAUAUGUAACUGUGUAUAUAGCUACUCCAUUUCGCCCUCUCAGGCGCUACUUCGCAAAAUUAGCUCAAUAGCGGGUGCAGAGAAUUGGACUGCCCCAGAAUUAAAGGUGUGAAAAAACGGUGUGCAGAUAGGGUCCCGUAGCCCAUUUUUGUGCACCGUGAGUUUAAGGUCUCAAUCUUGUACUCCGGCACCGCCACCGUUCCUGAAUAGGCCAUUUCCGAUUUGUCCCAAGCCUCUGCUUCAAAGCGAGACUAGAGUAUAUAUGUUUAGAGGAUAUCAAUUCCCAGGUACGCGGUGGAAAGAGAAAUCAAGGACGGCCUAGGCUAAGAUUCAAGGACAUCGUGAAAAGAAACCUGAAGCGGAAGAACAUUUUAGUAGAUAGUUGGAGACGGCCAUUUAUGGAUAGAACGACCUGGAAGAACCUGAUGAGAGCUUGAACUCUUCAUGAAACAGUCAUAUUCGCUUCGACAGACUGCUUAACUUAACAAAAACUUAACAAAGAUUUUAAUUCAGAGGUUGUGUUUUUUCAAAUGAACUCCGUAAAACAUACAAAAGCGUCACUUAUUUAAAUUCAUCAUGGCCCGACUGUUUAACAGACAUUUAACAACACAGUGGGGAGGGAGGGGGGGGGGGUGGGUUGGGGGGCGACAGCACAAAGUAAUGUUUUUCCUUAUUUACAGGGUCGUCUCUUAGCAACCACAGUGUAGCGUACACCUCACGAAGCGCGUCCUGCCAGCCCGUGCGUAUGUUCCAAAACGAAGAUGUGCGAACUGCAGCGAAGUUAAACCGACCUCCGAGCAAAGUCUAUCUAUGCCAAGAAGAGCGCGAUCGAGCGCGCUCGGCGGGACGACGACCGAAAUCUCCAACCAGAUUUGAUGGAACGCCAGUGGAGUUGCCCGGGUUUAUGAAAUCAAACUACUUCCUUCAUCAUGAGGACUUGGACAUGGGACAGAAGCAAUACAUUUGGGGGGUAGCGCGCAUUUACUCUGUGACUCAACUUAUGAGUCUCAAGCAGAGGCAGUACCAGAGUUUGUUAGAUUAUGAGUUCGCAAGGAGAAUUCAGAAUAAGGAGCUCAAGGAACAUGAACGAGUUAAAGAAUGGAAAGAGUAUCAACGGUACUGCAAAUUCAUUAAAAGAUACGAUCAGGUAAAGAAAAGUCUUUGUUACAAUUUAUGAACUUGUUUAGGUGAUGUGAUCGACCUUCGCGGUUGUGAAGAACCACAAGCAAUUCAGGUUGGUCUUUUAAGCCUGGGCCUAUUUCAUGUCUUAAAGUUGAUCAAAUAAUUUAUUGUUCAUAGUAAAGACGUUGUCAUCAAAUGCUUUCCUGGCUUUCACUUAAAGAUAAUUUUAUUUCUUUGGGAUAAGCCCUAAGCGAUCCUUGCAUUAUGUAGGUCAAAACAAUGGCUUUCCGUCCAAAGCUGUCUGAGAAAAUACUCUGCAAUUUACACCCCUAUACGAGUGGGGGAGCAUACCCGCUUCGCAAUCCCCCCUUAUCCUCAGAAAUCAUCAGCCUCGUCCCCAGUCCGAUUCGCGCUAUCCGAGUGAGCGGAGGAGGCUUGGGAACAGGCAUGGGUGACCUCAUGUUAACUCGCCAGGGAUGACUGGCAACAGGGAGCGAAGCUGAGAAAUGUUAUAUUUUUAUUUAUUUAUUUUUUGUCGUCGCGCAGGAUUAGCUCAGUCGGUAGAGCGCUUGACUGCAGAGCGGGAGGUCGCGGGUUCGAUUCCUUGGGCCGGAGCAAUACCAACUAAGAAAUGAAGGUACUUCCUUUGCCCGGCAAAUGGCUAAACCUUCGCGUGGCUCGGAUUACCAAUUAAAAUGGCGGUCUAGUCUCCAGUAGGAAACGUAAAAGUAGUGUCCCCAAUUAAUAUUUCCCUGCUAAAUACAUUGACACUCAAGUAAAGUGCUUUUUUUCACAGAGAAUUCCUCGGAGCAGAUUGAGCAAUACGCGAUCGCCUUGCGAGGAAGCGUCGCAUGUUCACAAACACAUGAUCAAAGGGUGGACCACAGACCCCAACGCCAAUGAAGCUUACAGGCCGUCCAGCCACAAACAGCGCCAGUCAUCCCCCGAGUACCACCCCGAGGAUACACAAGACACUACGGAACAGCCCUCUGACAGUGAGACUGACGAAUACAGGCUCAGGGUGAUUAUUUUGCCCGGCCAAAGAGAAAAGAGUGGGACCGAAGAUAAAACCUUGAAAGGUUAG